AUGAUGAACAUCCAGAACCCCUCUUUCGCGCAGCAUCAGCACGCCUAUGGCUAUGGUCAUACUCAACCCAUGAGCCAACCCGAGGCCAUGGCUCAAUUUGCUGCCGACUUUAAUCAGAGCCAGAACCACUUCCAACAGUUUCCGAACACGCCGCAGAGACCACCGCAAUUCAACCAGCAAUUUCAAGGCCAGAUUCCUCCUCAACUAUAUCAACAGCAGCAACAACAGCAGCAGCAGCAGCAACAACAACAACAACAGGUCGGCGGCUUUGUCCGACCGCAGAGCCGCGACAAUCUUGGACUAGCUCAAGGACAACCUCUUAGACAAUCUCCUGCCAACCUGCAUCAACGUUCGCAAUCUGUGCUAUCGCAAGGAAAUGUGCCUCAUACGCCAUCUUCCCAACGGCAGACACCGGGAAUCAUGCAGCAAAACAUGAACGUGAUGUCUAAUAUGGGUGCGAAUGUGAACAUGAACAUGAAUAUGAACAUGCUACAGCAAAGCCCUACUCAUGCCCAGAUGAGCCAGGCUGGCGUACGCAAUCCACCACAACAGGCGUCAGCUCAACUAAAUACUCAAUCGGCUGCAAGAGAAGAAGAGCGUGUCUCCACAUUACUGGAAAUCAAUGCGCAUCUCAUACAAGAGGUUACCAUAUUACAAGCACAAGGCAAGGCGGGUAGUCAGCCAUCGCCAUCAUCGCCUACGACCGAGAACAUGAACACCGGCGCGAAUAGCCCUUCAGAUGCCUCCAAGAAGCAAGCAGCGACCCAAGAAUACGCUGACUGUAUGAGAAGGUUGCAAGCAAAUUUAGCGUAUCUAGCAGCGAUCGCAGACGCAACUAAAAAGGCAACAGGAUCCCGACCAGUUGGUCCCGCGAUUAUGGUACCACCUACACAUCUCACUUCAGUGCACCCUCUCUACCAAAAGCUAAAGGCCCUGUUCCCAGAAGCGAAUCACACACCGGUUAACAAGGCCAUAGCUGUGGCGACAGCGCAAGCGCAGGCGGCAAAAGCAGCAGCGGCACAAUCGGCAUGA